CCACAGCCAUACUGGAUAUCCCUCGUCCAAGAUUCACCUCUUCCAUGCGCCACGAAGUGUCCAAUCUCGCUUCUUCCCAUAUUGCUUCAUCUUACUUGGCCCACCUAGCCACCAUGCUAUGACUGGGCCCGUGCAAUGUUGUCCCACCUCACAGCUCGUGCGGUAUGCAAGUAACUGCAAGAACACUCGUAAGCUCACAGAGCAUAUGCAAUGGUAUGUGCUCCUCUGCAAGGGAUUCCUGACAGAAGAUCGUUCUCCCAAGCCACCCCAGCUACGGGGUGUAGGUGGAAACGGAAAUUUCCUCCCCAGGACUCAGAGCCAGCAAGGGGUGUCCAAUGAAUCCCUGUUAAUCUCCGAAUUCCAAUUUUGUUUCUAGGCAUCUUGCCUCCUCUGUAAUCUGAGCAGCUGGGGUCUAGUCCCUUGGAAGGACCAGCUGUAGGUUCCUAGUUCCUUGAUAGCUUUUAG